AUGAAUGAAUCCCGAUCUUCGCAAAGAGGAUCCGGAUAGAUCCUAUUCCAUGAUUUUGGGCCACAACAACCCAGUAGGGCCAGUACUCCUACUACUAGCUGUGGCAGUGGCAGCGGAAGGAGAUACAGAACAAAUCAAUAAACAAAAAUCAAAACCUUGUUUUGAAAUUUGAGAGGUGAGAUGAUGAGAAGGCAGGGGCAGGGGCAGGGACAGGGACAGGGACAGUAUGGUGAUUCGGGUGCGAAUGCGUAUGCGGCCGGUGCUCCGAUCCAUCAUAUGUCCGGUCAAAGGAUGGAGCACACGUCUAGUGAUUUCGAAGGAAGGAUGGAAGCUUUCACUCCACCUCCAGAGACGGACAAUCCAUAUGCAACUUCCAAAUCAGACGGCCAAUGGGGAUGGGAAAGAGAUGGAUCAAAAGGGUCAAAUCCACUCACAUCUCAUAUGUACAAUGAAGGUCAAGGAGGUGAUACAUCAAGAUCCUAUUUCCAAGGUCAAAGGACUGAUUCAAAACAUACUUUGGAGAAACAGAGCAACAACGAUUCCCGAUCUCAACCUCUUAACGAGGAGAUGGACCUUGUAUAUGAGGACAAGCCUUCGUCGCAGACUUUUGAAGAUCUUGAGAAGAAGUUCCUUGAUGACAUUAGAAAUCUAGCCAAGGAACAAAGUGAUGCUGAGGAUGCGGAAAAUGCUAGGCAUAGAGAGAAAAUUGGCGCUGUCAAUGCUCAAUACCAAGAACAGCUAGCAGCACUUCGGUCACGGCAUGCUAAACUCAGAGAUGAAUUACUUGACAGGGAAUCAAAUGCCCGACGGCAUCAAUACCAGCAAUCCGUGUUGGAUCAUUACCCGAACAGCAGCAUGGUCCCCUCUGAUGAUCAUGGGUACAGUGGACCUGCAGCCUCGGCUCCUGUUGGCGAAGCACGCCGAGGCUAUAAUACUGAUCAAUAUGAUUCAUACAAUGAGCGAGCUCGAUUUCUUGGAGGUUCUCGGGAUCAUGGGUUUGAGCCUAGAGGUCCAUAUCCCGGAGGCCGUGUCUAUGAUACCGGGUCACGGUACUACUGAUUCAGCGUGUAUUUGGUCAGGCAGCUUAAUAUACUAGUAAGAUAUUAACUGUGAUGAUGUUUUAACUAAUUUUGCAGUGUUAUUUUGGUAUGAUGUUUUCCAGAUGUUGCUAUUUGAUGUCCGGCAAAUAGAUUCAAGACUAACCAAUCAUCCCCUCUCAAUGGCCCAAACGUAUUGAGAAGAACAUAUCCUUUUUGUUUGUUUUUUUGGUGUGGGAUCUUCGGUUUUUUCUUUCAUGGGGAGGCACGUAGUUUUGUAAUUUUAUAGUUGGGAGAUUUUCGUAUUGUUUUUUUUUUUUAUGGCUACAAUACUUAUACAUAUACAGGCCCUUUAAGGGAAGGGAUUUCCUGUUUUUGAAAAAAUAGGGAUGGGAUCUAGACAAUUCAAAUCGUCUGUUUUGUAAGUCUCGAUUUAUAGAUCGUCUUUGCAAAAAUUAAAUUCAAUCUGAAACCAUUUGCCUAUUUAAUUAU